CAGAGCAGUGAGUGUGGUGUUGUGUGUAACACGUUUGCAUGUGUGUGUGUGUGAGAGAGUUUUUUUGGUGUACUAUUAGUUGGAUUUCCAGUGAAUCCAAAUGAAAUUAAACGUUGUAAAUGAGAGAACAUGCAACGUUGCUACAGUUUAACGGGGAAACUACCUGUUAAGGGCCAAACGUGUAGUAAUAAUAAUAAUGACCCUACCUGGAGUACAGGUAUGUGGUGAAUUGUGUCGGACCUGCUCCAAGUUGUUUUGGUUAUUGUUGUGUCGUGGUGAGUGAAGUGAUGUUGGCGCCGUCGCAGACCAAGCCUGAAAAGAAUGGAAAUACGAUCACCACCACCAAGACGAGGACUGUCGCCAUAGUGGCGCCUCAGAGGAGUAAUAGUUUGGAUUAUCUUAAUUUUGAGGAAAAAAGGCGUUUGAUUGCAUCCUCUUUAUCCCUUUCGGAUUUUCUUAAUGCAGGAAAUAAUACCACUAAAGAGGUCAAGGAGGUUGUUACUGCGAAAAAACAAAAUGGUUCUGUAUUUCGAACAAACAGUUUGGGUAGUGGAACUAGGACUCCGUCCUUAGAACGAAAAAGUAAAUUCUCGAUAGGAAAAUUACUUAGACCAUGGAAAUGGAAAAGAAAAAAGAAGUCGGAUAAAUUGGAAGCAGUGUCGAGAACGUUAGAAAGAAAAAUUUCAGUCCGUGCUAAUAGAGACGAAUUAGUACAGAAAGGUAUCCUUCCGCCAGAAAGUCCUUUAACUCCGCCUAUAUCCGAGCCAGGUGAAACCGUAUCAUCACCACUUCCUCCCAGCGGGUGUCAGCAAUUGAUAGAAAAACAAACACCACAGGGACCACCACCCCUAUAUCCAACGCUUCCACAGAUGCAGCAUAUGCCCAUUAAUCCGGCAUUGCUACAGCAACAACUUCUUCGAAAUCCACACUUUAACCAAGCCAAUGCCAACAAUAAUCAAGCCGAGCCAAAAAAAGAAAAGACUGAUGGAGCGACACAUAACGGCGCUGUUUCUCCAAACGGAGACACACCUUCACAAGUUACCCAGCCUCCUCCCGGAAGUGAAGCGGGAAAACCGGAAAGACCAAACACUUUGGGUCAUGGGAGGUUGACGAGACGACUAUUGUGCUAUCACAGUGAACAUUUUAAUGAUGGACAGCCAAGUCUUCUCAGUAACACACCGCCACCUCCUCCUCCAUCUGAGAAAGAAAACCAGAAUGUACCUCCGCCCCCUAUGUCCGAUACUGGUCUCAUGCUCUCUGAUUUGCCAGAGCCGCCUAUUCCCUUAUCAGAAAUCGGGCCUAUCCCUCCACCGCCGAUGUUUAGCUCUCCUAGUCCAGUGCCGAAUCGGCAAUCGCCACCAAUGACGCAUAUUGGUGAUUAUGAAUACGAAGAAAACGAAGACGAUGACGGUGAAGAAGUCGAUUUUGAAAAUUUGGACGAAAACUCAUACAUGUUUCGCAUGCCUCAGCCGGAUCCCACUAUCGACACAAGUCGAAUUGAUGAGAUUCCCGCUAAAGAGCCCAAAUUUAAUGCUAUGCCUCUGAAAUCAGCUUUGAAAAAGAAAAGCAGUGGUGGUAGUGGUCCUGGAACACCGCAAAAUACACCAACACAAGAAAAUCGACCAUUAACAAUACGACAAGCUCAAAUGGAAAAUAAUUCAAGUUUUAAAAGGCCCCAUAUGAGGCCUCGGAUAAAAAUAUGCUCGAAGCCCGUUAGGUUUGGCAUAGGUUUGCCAUGUACUUUAGAAAACAAAGAAAAUGCCAGACCGUAUGUAAUCAACGAGGUCGAUAGUGACAGCGACUCUAAUGACGGUCCAAUCAAUUACAGAGAUGAAGAUGGCGAAUUGUCUGAAGAGAACAGAUUGGCUCUUAAGAUUGCUCGAAAGGAAAGUCUCUCGUUGAAAUUAUCGUUGAGACCAGACCGUCAGGAGUUGAUUAAUAGAAAUAUUUUACAAAUACAAUCAGAAAAUGAGCGACAAGAAGCCAAGGAAGCAAUAGGCGCCAGAUUGAUAAGGAGGUUAAGUAUGAGACCAACUCAAGAAGAGUUGGAGGAGAGAAAUAUUCUGAAAAAACAAAGUCCAGCCGAAGAAAAGAAACAAAAAGAAGAGAAAAAACGAUUUUUGUUGCGAAAAUUAAGUUUCCGGCCGACUGUUGAAGAAUUAAAGGAAAAAAAGAUUAUCAGAUUUAAUGAUUACAUUGAAGUAACGCAAGCACAUGAUUAUGAUCGUAGGGCAGACAAACCUUGGACUAGGUUAACACCAAAAGACAAAGCUGCUAUUAGGAAAGAAUUAAAUGAGUUUAAAAGUUCAGAGAUGGCGGUACAUGAAGGCAGCCGCCAUUUAACGAGGUUUCAUAGGCCUUGACAAUUCCAGAGUUUAUUAAAACAAAAACUAAAAACUGUGAUGGACAUAGCCGUAGAAAUUAACUUUCCCGUAUUCGCUUAUUGAGUCAGGGUGUUAAAUCUGGCUGAGUUUGUGUAGGAUAUUGCACAGGAUUAUAACUGUAUAAUUGUUUUGUACAUACGUGAUUUUUUAAUACACAAAGUUUUUAUCGAUAA